GAAAGUAAAACAGAUCAAAAUCUAUCGCCAUGUCUGUCAAGCACAGGCACACAGAAACAUCCAGCAAACCAUACUCCAUUGGUGCCAGCUCCAACUAUUUUGAAAGACAGUGUGAAAAUCCCACAAAAGACACAAGUAAUGAAUACUAGUAUCUCUGAGAAUAGAAAUAAGAUACCAUAACUCACAGAUGACCUGAUGCCAUGCUGCCUGCCUCAUUUGAGAUGUUUUAGGCUCGGCCAGUUUGUGAAGAAUUUAGUAACAUCCCCACAUCUUCAUUCAGUGUUUCCCAAUUAUAUUCAACAUGGUUAAAUGUUCUUAGUGAAGUGUAUUUUGGCUUGGUUUGUGGCUAUGCUCACUAAUUCAUUCAGGAGAGGUAAAACAUAUCAUCAGCUACUUGUAUCUCAGACCCUUGCUCUUAAGUGUGCUGUAACAUCCUACCCCUUCAUGCUGUGGGUAACCAGCUGCUAACAUCACCAGCUGCCUCACUGCAGGCAUCACUCCAGAAGGGCUCCAGCAUUCUCUCAUAGUGAUGUCAAAUACCACUAGAACACAGGCCAAAGCAUACUCACACUGUAUCACACUGAACAAGAAGAACAUCAGAUUUGAAAAAUGAUGAUGUUGCAUGACCAGCUCCGCUACCAUAAAGAAAUGGGAGAGACCACAGUCUUAUCAAGAACCUAUGAGUCCAACGAGGUACUGACUCCACUUCAAAUUCCCUCACGUCCAACUGUCUCACAAGACAGAGGCCUUCCCAUUGAGCAGUACUAUGACGUCACCCCGCUGAAAAAAAGUGAUGUGCGUAUGAAUGACGAUCUACUUUGUAAGCCACCAAGCAGUUUGGCUAAACCGCUGUGCCUGCCGUUUCCCACCUCUCAUCCCUACCAGACACAUAUCUCUAGGUAUGACAUGUUCCCAAACUUCAGAUCACCUGAGGAUCGAGACACUGGGAUUGAUGCAAGCAGUCACCAGCCUUUCUGUCCUAAUAUCCCUUGCAAGGCUUUUGACAUGGUUGUUCUAAGGAAGACCAGAGGUAAUCCAUACAGGCAUGAAGUUAUUAGCAUUCCCUUUGACUCCAUGAAGAAGGCUUUGUGCUGCCCAAGGGAGCACGCAUGCUUGCAACUUCCUAAAUUAUCUGAAGAAAAAGAUCAAAUAUACUACCCAAAUUUAACAAAAACAGUGGCCCCUAAUUCCAUUUAUAAAGAGCUAGAACAUGAGCUCUCUCCAAGAACAGCCAAUAUGCUACGAAACAUUGGAAGAGCUCAGUGGAUCACAACACACAAUCGAGACUUCACAGGAAGAGGUCCUAUGAAUCCCCUUAUCCUGGAUGACUACUACAUGAAAGCUGUUGGCAGAUUAACUGGAGAACUCAGUACAGAUGUGGAACUUAAAGAAACAUUUGUGCCUAGUCUUUCGCAAGUGAGACCGCUUGAAGGGCGCACGGCGCGUUUACUGCAAGGCCGACGUCCCCGUGAAUCUGUUCUGCAAGCACAACACUGCGGCCACGAGCAGGCCAAACCACCUCAGACAUCUUACCAGAAAGACCACUAUCUGGAUACAGGGCUGCCAAUAAGCAAAUUUCAGAAAAUCACUGAUAGACAGCAAACGGAAGCAUUGUACCAGGGGCAGUUCUCAGGAAGGCCUGAACUUCAGGCCCUUCAGAAAUCUGCACAUUCCCUUUCCUGUGAAGAUUUAAAGCCCAAACAUUUGGAUCAACAUUCAAUAUGGGAAAAUCCACUUAGUCUCAGUGAGCCAGUGUUGCCUCAGGAUGAAAAUAGGGAGGAAAACAAAAUUGUAUUGCACAAGCUUUGGAACCAAGAAGCAAGUCAGCCUGCAUGGAGACCAGAGGACAGGCCAAGAGAGGCAGCGCUGCCUGAGUGGAUCCCCGGCUCUGAGGUUGCUCGGCGCCAGACAGUGCUGCUGGAGCUGCAGAAUUCCUUCUCAAAGACAGCAGCACAAAAAUGUUUUCAGGAUUCUAUCAACAUGGAGACAAAAGAUCUCAGAGACAACAUUAAUGAGGGAAGGAGACAUACAUUCUAUGGUUUCAAUGCUUUUUAUUUCCAUAACUGAUACAUUCCUUGGUAUUGUAAAAAUAGUAAAAAAAAAUUAAAAGUACCUCAAUACAACCUGCCUAUUCUUUUGUACUGAUUGUGACUGAGAUAGAGUUUAUUUCCUUUACAGUGGCUUGUAUGAAGCUAUGCUUUGGAUUUGUGAUGAAAAUGGUGUUGAUAAUGCACCAGUGAUUUAGUUGUUUCUGUGUAGUACCUACACAGAAUCAAGGACAUUUCUGCAAGUGAGCAAGCUGGCAGUGUGUAAGAUGAUGGGAGGGGACACGGCCAGCACAGCUAACCCCAAUGGACCAUGGGGAUACUCCACACCACGUGUCGUCGUGUUUAGUAAUAACAGCUUGGGGGAAAAGGAGGAAAGGGGUAUAUUCAGAGUUAUGCUGUGUGUCUUCCAAAGAAACCACUGUAUGUGAUGAAGCUCAGCUUUCAUGGAAAUGGCUGAACAUGUGCCUGUUGGUGGAAAGUAGUGAAUGAAUUCCUUAUUUUGCUUUGCUUGCUUGCACAGUUUUUGCUUGACCUAUUAAACAGCAUUUAUCUCAACACAUGAGUUUUUUUCACUUUUGCCUUUCUGAUUCUUUUCCCCACCCCUCUGGGGAAGUGAGUGAGCAGCUGUGUGGUGCUUGGCUGUCUACCAGGGUUAAAUCACAACAGUUCAUUUUGGUGCCCAGUAUGGGCGUCAAAGGGUUCAAGAUAACGACAGACUGCAGUAUGCUAGACUAAAUUUAUAGCUCUUAUAGCUGUUUAUCUGCUCAUUGGCAGGCUCCUGUGCUGAACACAGAGCUUGCUUGCCAGAUGGAAUACAGAUUCUCAGACAAUGCUCAAGGAUAUUUUAUACUUCUUUUAACCAUAGCUUUCCAGUAAAUUGUAUCUGUCUUCACAACAGCAUGAGACUAAGAUUAAACUUUCAGUUUCUCUGUGCACAUGAAGCCUCUCAUAGCAGGAUAGCCCUGCUGUCUCCCCUAGUGCCACAUAGCUGCAUCAACAGCCCUACAAAAUUCACUCUGCAAAACCUCAGGAAGAGUAGAUACAAAAAGAGCUCUAAGUUCUGCUUCAUCUGCUGAGAUUAAAUCCUUCAAUUGCUAAUUUGCACCUCUGGGUACAUAAAAUACUUCUACAUACCACUCCCAAACAUGUUAUCUUCAUAGCACAGGCAUAUGACAAUACAGUAGUAAUUCUUUUCAAUAUCUUCACUAUUUAAUAUCUUCACCAGUGACACUGACAGUGGGGUCGAGUGCACCCUCAGCAAGCUUCUGGAUGACACCAAGCUGUGGGGUGUGGUUGACACACCAGAGGGAUGGGAUGCCACCCAGAGGGACCCAGA